AUGCAUUGCCGUCUACCAUGUGAUCCAAGAUGGUCAGUAAUUGAGAUGCCACUGAUUGCUGCCCCCAGACUAGAAGGAGGUCUUGCCACACCAAGGCUGCUGCCUGUACUGCACAUACCAAGUAAAAGGGAUUUGGUCCGCGGCGGGUUCCAGCUGCGCCUUCCGACUUCGCUGCCGCCCCCAGGGCAGCAGCAGCAGCCGUCGCCGCUACCACGCCGACAGCCCGUCCCGUUGAUGCCUCCCGCGCAGCUUCAUACGGGAGCACCCCCGGUGGUCGCUCCGGCGCCUGCGGUCCCUCUUCAGUCGCCACCGCCUUCGGAGCUGAUGGACGUCGACCCCUCAGCCGGGCCGCCUUCCCAAGCGGUGGCUGUGCAGCCUGUCCUGCAGCCGGUUUCCUUGGACACCCCCAAGGAGUCUGACACCGCAGCGCCUUGUCCGGCGCCCACUCAGCAGCCGUCGACGCAGCUUGGAGCCAUCGAGGCGGCAAACUCGCGGCGGGAGUGUUGCGAAGCUAGCGCGGUGGAGCGUACGAGGAACACGGAAAUUAGUUCCGGCAUCUGCUGUGUCGGCGUUUUAUAUCCCCGCCCCCCUGCGCUGCCGGCGCUGCCUUUGUUGUCGCGGUACUGGCCACCGUGCCCAGCUCGCAGAAGUGGCGGCCGCCGCGCUCGUAAAAACGUGCGAGCGCCGCCGCAAGCACCCAUUGUCUCGAGCCGGACGGACUCUGCGCGCGCCGCUUAA